AUGGGCAGUCAAGAUCAAGCAGUAGUAUCUGCCUCCCCCGAGAUACCUACUACCGCGGCCGCUGCCGUGUUGAAGCCUUCCGAACCGAUGGCUGCCGGAAGCAAAGUGGUUCGAGGAAUCGAUUUCGACAACUUCAAAGGCAGAGAUGUUACCGUGGUUGAUAUUCUGGAGCAUAUGGAUGUCAUGGGAUUCCAGGCCAUGAACCUGGCAAAGUCGAUCAAGAUUAUAGAUGAGAUGAGAGCCUGGCGCGAUCCAGAGACCGGCUCUCGAGCCACUAUCUUCUUGGGCUACACUUCCAAUAUGAUCAGCUCCGGUUUGCGCGAAACGUUCCGCUACCUUGUGCAGCACGGGCACGUUGACGCCAUCGUCACCUCUGCAGGGGGGAUAGAAGAGGAUUUCAUCAAAUGCCUUGGCGACACAUACACUGGCAGCUUCGACGCGGACGGGACGAAAUUACGUGCGGCAGGCAUGAAUCGUAUCGGCAACUUGAUCGUACCGAACGAUAAUUACUGCGCAUUCGAGGACUGGGUCAUCCCGGUGCUCGACCAAAUGUACAAGGAACAGGAAGACACAAAAGGGACGGAGAACGAGAUUAACUGGACGCCUAGCAAGAUCAUCGCCAGGCUAGGGAAAGAGAUCAACGAUGAGCGGAGCGUUUAUUACUGGGCUCAGAAGAACGGCAUUCCUGUGUUCUGCCCUGCACUCACGGACGGGAGUCUUGGGGACAUGCUAUAUUUCCACACCUUCCGAACGUCGCCCGGCCAAUUGCGAUGUGAUAUUGUCGAGGACAUCCGCGCGGUUAACAGCAUUGCUGUGCGUGCGAAGAAGGCCGGGAUGAUCAUCCUGGGAGGUGGAGUUAUCAAGCACCAUAUUGCAAAUGCGUGCUUGAUGCGGAAUGGGGCUGAGUGGGCGGUUUACGUCAAUACCGCACAAGAGUUCGAUGGGAGUGAUGCAGGAGCACGACCGGAGGAGGCGAUCAGCUGGGGGAAGAUCAAGGCAGAUGGAAUGUCGGUAAAAGUGCAUGCAGACGCAACGAUAGUAUUUCCGUUGAUCGUGGCGGCAACUUUUGCGAAGAAUGAAAAACCGAAGGAAGAGGCGAAGGAAGGCAGUGGAGUGUAA